AUGAAAAAACGUGGUGUUCCCUUUGUACCUCCCAAACCUAUUAUUGGUAUGACAUUCCUAAAAAAAGAAAACCAGGCUAUUUAGAUGCGGAGAAUAUAUGACACAUGCAACAGUCCAUACGUAAGGAUUUAUAUAUUCUAAAAGCCUGGUCUGGUCAUCAAUUCUCUAGAAAUUCGCAUUGUUUUCGUAAAGAAUGCUAAUAAUUUAUGAGACAGACUUGUGAGUUCUGGCUAUACAAACCCAAUUCAAUCUUUGAACUUGAUUACAGUCAAUGACCCAAUAUGGUCAAAAGUACGCCAACGUCUUACUGGAGUGGUUAGAUCAUCCAUGGCACAUUUUGACAAGAUUGCAUCGGAAGACUACAAAAUAGACAAAAAGUUGACAAUAGAAGUUGAUACAAUCUAUGUCAAUGCUAUUGGCAUGCACUUUGACCCUAAGUAUUUCUCCGAACCAGAAAAGUUUAAUCCUGAUAGAUUUUUACCGGAAAACGAGACAAAUUGUACCUUGCAUUUGUUUGGUAAGGGACCAAGAAAUUGUAUAGAUGAACUGGUGUGA